AUUUAACAAGCGGAGCGAGGUGCUGCUAAACAGCCGCAGCUGCUCCAAGAACAGAAGCUGUUCUGGUCCAAAGCGCUCCAGAAUCACGCCAAUAUGAGUAAAAAUUUCAUGGAGUCCACAGACCUGAAGCCCAACCGACUUUACCCAGCGUUACCCAGUUUAAAGAGGCUCGAGUUUUGCCUGCCGGUCAGCUCCUCUUCAGAAAAACGUCCCACAUUUGCAGAGUCCCAUCCUGAGAGUUUACUGGAAGACAAACCGUCAGAAGAACCGCUCGGCUCUUCUGAGAGGAUGAAAGCAGAGAUUCUUGUGCUCGAGGAGCAGAAUAAAGAGCUUCUCGCUAUCAAUAAGAAGUGGGCCAAAGAGUACAGAACCAUGGAGCAGUACUACAAAAACAAGGUGCAACAUCUAAAAGAAGUCAGCAUUCAGUCUGAGGAGGAGAAAAGUGAUGAAGAAGAGCGGGAGAACACAGACAGACGAACGGAAGUUGCAGAGCUGCGAGCACGCAACACCACUCUGACCCAUAGGGGGCAGCACCAGCAGGAGGAGAUCAGACGCCUCAACAAGGCCUUACAGGAAGCUCUCCUCACCUCGCAGCAGCUGGGGGACGGUGGCAGCGAGACGCCGCAGGACAUCUGGAAACACCAGGCCGAAACCUACAUGGACGACUUUAUGAAGGAGAGGAAGGACCGAGAGAAGCUAAAGUCCAAGUUUCUGGAGCUGGAGAAGCGCUAUAGGAAGGUUCACAGCGAGCUGUUCGCCUACAAAUCCCAGGUGACGACGACGCCAGUGCACUGCUGUUCCUGCACAAAUCGGGCUAAAAAGUAAGAAGUGGGAGGAGAAACAGCGUUCUCCACAGCAACAAACUGCACUUUAUAGGAAGUCUGAUCCAGAUCCUGGUUCAUCAGGAAGCAUCAGGAUGGGAAAAUCAUCAAGUUUCUGCUUGACCACAACACUAGACGUGAUGCUUUCUUCGGGAGGCGAAAAAACAAACGUUCAUCAGCUUUAACUAACCGUAACAGGAACCACGCUCGGACUAAAAAACACCCAUCGUUCUGAGUUGCUCAGCUCCUCUCAGGAUUCUUCAGCUGCACGACUUCCUUUAAGAUCUGGAGUUUGGAAAAGAAUAAAACACACAUGGGAACAUUUGUUUUGUUCCGUAUAUUUAUACAAAUGUAAAUGAAUUUUGUUUUAUUUAUAAUAAAAAUAAACCACCUGAUGACAA